AUGGCUAAGGGUAUACCAUUGGAUGCGUUACCUCUGACUUUUCAAGAUGCUGUCAUCCUGACCCGGUCACUGAACCUUCAGUUUCUCUGGAUAGAUUCCCUCUGCAUUCUUCAAGACAACUUCGAAGAUUGGGAAAAAGAGUCAUCUAUUAUGGUUAGCGUGUACAAUGAUUUAGAUUAUGCUGCUGUCUACAAUAGCAAGUGGUCCGAACGUGGAUGGACGGUUCAAGAGGGGAGGUUCUCCGAUAAUUUACUUUAUUGCAGUAAGAGUAUGCUGUACUACUACUGCAAUUCCGAUGCUAUUUCAGAGGACGGAUUUACGAAGGGAUAUGCUUAUAACGAUAGCUUCCUCUCUUCUCUUGAAGAUUAUGGUUCCAUUGCCACAGGUAUUUUCUGGAAUUGGUAUCAGGAAGCCAGCAAAUACGCAAGGAAACAGCUAACAUUUCCAAUUGAUCGCUUCCCUGCUAUCUCUUCGCUGGCCAAGGUAGUUGCGAAGCGAACAUCAAGCCGAUAUCUGGCUGGUAUCUGGGAGAAAGAUUUACACCAGGGUCUUCUAUGGAGACGGUUUACAAGAAACCCUUGGCCGACAGGU